AUGGAUCGAAUUCUUGCGCUGAUCUUGGUCCCCCUUGCCACUGUCACGGCACAGCAGAUUGGCACUAUCCCCGAGGUCCAUCCCAAGCUCCCGACAUGGAAAUGCACGACCGAGGGCGGCUGUGUCCAGCAGAAUACCUCCGUCGUGUUGGAGUACCUGUCGCAUCCGAUCCAUGAAGUUGGAAACAGCGACGUCUCGUGCGUGGUUUCUGGCGGGCUGAACCAGAGCCUCUGUCCCAACGAAGAGGAAUGUUCCAAAAACUGCGUCGUCGAGGGGGCCAACUACACCAGCUCGGGAGUUCACACAGACGGCGAUGCCCUGACUCUCAAUCAGUACGUCACGAACGGCGACCAGGUCGUCACCGCCUCGCCGCGGGUCUAUCUCCUGGCCAGCGACGACGAGGACGGGAAUUACAGCAUGCUCCAGCUCCUCGGCCAGGAGCUGAGCUUUGACGUGGACGUCUCGAAACUGGUCUGCGGGAUGAACGGCGCCUUGUAUCUCUCCGAGAUGGACGCAUCGGGCGGCCGAAACAGCCUCAACCCGGCGGGGGCACAGUAUGGCUCUGGAUACUGUGAUGCGCAAUGCGGCGUCCAGCCCUUCAUCAACGGCACGGUCAACACCGGCUCGCUCGGCGCUUGCUGCAACGAGAUGGACAUCUGGGAAGCGAAUGCCCUUGCCACCGCGUUGACUCCGCACCCGUGCAGCGUCACCAGCAUCUAUGCCUGUUCUGGCGCUGAGUGCGGCUCCAACGGCGUCUGCGACAAGCCGGGAUGCGGAUACAACCCGUACGCGCUGGGAGACCACAACUACUACGGACCCGGGAAGACGGUCGACACGUCCAGGCCCUUCACCGUGGUAACGCAGUUUCUCACCAACGACAACACCACGACGGGGACUCUGACGGAGAUCCGUCGUCUGUACGUCCAAGACGGCAACGUGAUCGGGCCUUCGCCUAGCGACUCUGUCUCGUCAAUCACGGACUCGUUCUGUUCCACGGUGGAUUCCUAUUUCGAGCCGCUUGGCGGCCUGAAGGAGAUGGGCGAGGCGCUGGGUCGGGGGAUGGUGCUGGUGUUCAGCAUCUGGAAUGAUCCUGGUCAGUUCAUGAACUGGCUCGACAGCGGGAAUGCUGGGCCCUGCAACAGCACCGAGGGGAACCCAGCGACUAUUGAAGCGCAGCAUCCUGACACCGCGGUGACCUUCUCGAACAUCAGAUGGGGGGAUAUCGGGUCGACGUUCCAGUCGUAA